AUGGAGAAUGUCACCACAGUGCCUGAGUUUCUCCUCCUCGGCCUGACCAGUGCUCAGGGGCUGCAGCCCAUCUUCUUCGUGAUGUUUUUAGUCAUUUACCUGGUUAACUUGGUUGGAAAUGGGGCAAUAGUGGGCAUUGUUGUUUUGGAAGCCAAACUCCACUCCCCUAUGUAUUUUUUCCUGGGCAAUCUGUCUUGUCUGGACAUUUGCUAUUCCUCAGUGACACUUCCCACGGUGCUUACGAACCUCCUGUGCACUCGUAGGGCCAUAUCUUUCCUAGGCUGCAUUGCUCAGCUGCACUUCUUCCACUUUCUGGGCUGCACUGAGGCUGUCCUGCUGGCCGUCAUGGCCUUUGACCACUUCGUGGCCAUCUGCAAUCCACUUCGCUACUCUGCCAUCAUGAGCCCCUGGCUGUGUGCGCUGAUGGCAGCCGUGGCCUGGAUCUCCAGCUUCUUCUACGCACUGAUGCAUUCUGUCAUGACUGCUCGCCUGAGCUUUUGCCACUCGUGGACACUCGAUUACUUCUUCUGUGACGUUAAGCCCCUCUUAGAGCUGGCAUGUGGUGACACACGACUCAACCAAUGGCUGGUUUCCGUUGUCACAGGAAGCGUCAUGGGCGCUUUCUUGCUCACUCUCCUGUCCUACUUCUACAUCAUCAGCUUCCUUCUCUUCAAGAACCGCUCUUGCAGAACACUGCACAAGGCGCUGUCCACAUGUGCCUCGCAUUUCAUGGUGGUGUGCCUUUUCUAUGGCCCCGUGGGGUUCACCUACAUUCGUCCUGCCUCAGCCGCCUCCAUGAGUGAGGACCGGAUGGCGGCCAUCGUAUAUAGUGCCGUCACCCCAGUGCUGAACCCUCUGAUCUACACUCUCAGGAAUAAGGAGGUGAUGCUGGCUCUCAGGAAGAGCUUGGGGAGGAAGCUGUACAAAGACUGACAGCAGCGCCAACAGAAGUGAUGAGGCUUGUGUCUGAUUCACAUAGAGACU